GCCGAGUGAUCAUUGAUUUAGCCGUAGACAAGAAGAAAUUCAGCCAGACAUACAGCUUGCUUUCACUCCUCCAUCCUUCAAAACAGUCGAACCUCCACCAAGACUUUCAGAGCCCACAAUGGCAGACUCAAAAGACAUAAACAUGUCCACCCCCAUCCGCCGCGUCAUCACCGCCCACGACCCCAAAGGCAAAGCCUACUUCGCCUCAGACGAGCUUCUCCGGCCCUACGACCCAGCCACCGCUCCGCACUUCGAAGCCCCAGGCCCCAACUCCGGCUUCGGGGUAAUCCAAAUCCACCGCUCGCGCAGCUUCCCCGUCGAUAACAUGCGCCAGGACAAAGAUCCCCACCGGACUCUUGUCCCGCUGGCCGAUACCAAGGGUCCCUCAUGCAGGAUCGUUGAUCUGCCUCCUGCGGAGACGGGGUUGAUGCAUCGGACGCUGUCGUUGGAUUAUGUGGUUGUGUUGUCUGGGACGGUUGGGUUCCGGACGGAUGGUGGGGAGGAGAAAGUGCUCAAGGAGCAUGAUGUGAUUGUUGUUCGGGGGCUAUUUGCGGUUGUGGUGCCGAGUAAGGAGAUCGUUACUGAGGAUGGGGUGAGGUUGGAGAAGACGCCGGUUGGGGAGAUUUAUGAUGCCCCUGAGGAGGAGGAUUGAGCGUGUCAUUGUGGUCCAGGUAUUGGGUUCUUACUGAGAGGGAGAUAGGAAUUAACUUGAAUCCAUCCGUCAGACAUUCGGAAAAUCCAUAUUCACAAUCUAG